ACAUUUCGAAUGGAACGCUGGGGCUCUCCCGGAUCAGUGUUAAACAGAUCGGCAAGGUCGCAAGACAUGGAAGUCAAUGUGUCCUUCAACCAGUUGGACUGUCCCAAGUUUGAGCCAAGUGAUGAUCAUUUCAUCAAACAGUGGGCUUUCUGGACAGAUGGCGUCACCAAAACAAUUGUGGCCAUCCUUGGCAUCAUCGGGAACAUAGUAGCCAUUCGGGUGUUAACCCGCGUGUCCAUGCGAAAUUCGUUUAAUCUCCUGUUGGUGACAUUGGCGCUCAUUGACUCCACCUAUUUGGUAGGGGCAAUCUUGGAGAGCCUUCGGAAACGGUUCCACGUGGAGAGUGACCUUCAACUUGUGAUGUUUCCCUACUUUUUAUACCCGCUCAACUCCAUUGCUCUUACGGCCUCAAUUUUUAUGACCGUGGCAAUUGCCCUUGAACGCUACAUAGCCGUUCAUUAUCCUUUAGACUACAACAGGGCCAUGAAUGACUUGGGUGCAAUGCAGCGUCGGCUUCUCAAGUAUGUGAUCCCCGUCAUUUUCUUCUCGGUGGCGUUCAAUUUGACCAAGUUCCUGGAGUCAGAAGUGGCCUAUCAGAAUGUGACCAAUACCCUCACCAACACCACUCAGAGCAAGCCAUUCUUGCAAGUGACUGAGUUGAGAACCAAUCCCAUUUUCUCCGCCUACUCCAAUUGGUCACGUUUGAUCGUCAUCGGGAUCGUUCCCUUUCUCAAAUUGGUGUUCUUUAAUUGGAACAUCUUCAAGGAUGUGCGUGAAAGGCAAUUACGACGAAUCAAUAACACUGCUGCUUCGAGGUUCCCUCGGGACACAACUGUUGUGCUUUACCAAAAUAAUCCUUCGAAGACGGGCAGUCCAGGCAGCGGGCAAUCAUCCAUCCUUAUGACCGCUAACCAACUGAGGGCCAAGGAGUGUGUACAGCAUAACCGAAACCCGGGUGAACCUCCGGAGGAAAUGGAGAAUACGUCCGGAUCAGAUUUUGAUCACUCGGAAGUUGAUGGUGGAAACUCUCAAAUUAAUUUGGAAGUCAUUCAGAUCUCGUCCCCGCCCAAAAAGGCCAAACGCCGAAACUUUCUCAAGAGGAUUUCCAAGCAUAAUGAGCGUCGUCGGAGAGUGGAAGACAAUCUUGCCAUUGUUUUCAUGGGGUUCAUCCUCGUCUUUCUAUGUUGUCAUGCACCCAGGAUAUGCUUGGAUAUUCACGAGUUGUUCACUCUGAAGCAUGCCAAUGAGUGUCGCUCACACGGCUUCCGGGGCUUUCCCGCGUGGUCUCUGAUCGCCAUUCAUGUCAGCCACGUGCUUCUUGUGUUGAAUGCGGCCACAAAUAUCCUAAUCUAUUGCAGUCUCAGCUCCAAAUUCAGAGAAGAGUUCAAGGCAGUGUUCUGCAAUGGGAAAUGAGGCGGAUCCAACCAAUUGUGGAACAUGGAGAGCCAAGAGAGAAAAAAAUGGGCUCCAUGUGAAGUGAGCCUCGAUUUUCUGCAUUGAUUGUCACGGUCAUAGGUGGGCACAAUUGCCAAUUGAAGCAAAUGGUUAAUUGAUUAGUUUUUACCUUCGGAUAAAGAUACUGAUUUGUUGGUCCAAAAUUUAAUCAAAUCACCAGAUAUGUGGUGAAAGAACGGUCCAAUAAUAAGUAGGAAGUGGGGAUUUUUAUCAAUGACACUAUAUCUUUUGACUUUGGAAUUAUCUGAAAGAAAAAAACCUUGCUGUCAACCUCCAAAUAGGGUUGUUAUGAGUCUUUGAAAUGAAUCGCAAGAUAUUUACCAUUUUUUUGGAGAUCUUCUAAUGGACUGAAAUCUUUUUCAACAGACUUUGAGUCUCAACAAGUCAUAAAAUAUGACAGGAGUAUCAAAGAGUAAUUUCUUUUUUUCUUUACACAAAAGUUUUGCUCAAAUCGUUUCAAUUUUGUCCUUUUUUCGACUUUUGGUAAUUUGUAAAAAUAUUUCAAUACUUAUACCAAAAUAAGCAUACACGUGAGGAGGCAUCUUAAUUACAAAAAAGAGUGCUGAAACUCAUUCCUUCUUUUUACUUACACCCAAGAAUCAAUUUGCUAUACAAAAUAUUAUCCCGUCAAUUUUGAACUAUUUUUGGUUCAGAUUAACACGGGCGACUCGGGUCAUUGUUUUGCGAUUCAAAAUACCUCUAAAAUUUCAGCGUGUUUGUUUCGUUUGGUUCAUUAAGCGAAAUAGAUUGAGCAUGUUACGCCCACCUACAUUCGUUGAUGUUACUCAAGAAAGGAUGAGAUGUCGUUUGGAUGUUCUUUAUAUAUUUAUUGUCAAUUAAAUGUCGUAUGAUGACUCCAUUUGAAUUGAAAUGUUAUAUUGGAUGUUGAUCUCAAUGGUAUUGCUCCAUACUUACAAAAGACGUAUAUUUUCAUGUAUUUUUCCUCAACAUACAUCAUCUAUCUGUGUGAUUUCUCAAAUGAAAAUAAUAAAAAAGCUUUCUUCUC